CUUUGUCUCUUAAGUUUCCGGUUCUUUGCCCAGCGGCUCCACCCGCGGCGCGCAUGCGUGUCCUCCACGGCUCUCAGUUCCAGCUCCUCUCCCCACGCAGGAGCAGAGCCGGAGGGAGGGGAAGAAGGGAGUGAGAAGGGGAGGAGCGCGGUUUGGGCAGAGGAGCAGCGGGACGCCAGCGAGACCCGUCGCCCAUCUUCCUCUCCCGAGAGGCCGACUUAGGAGAGAGACCAGAAUUGAGUGGAAUGCUAUCUUAAACAAGUCAAAAAUCUGUUAUAACCUUUACAUAUACUACUUAAAUGAAGAAAGGUAAAACACCCCACAAAAUUCCAACUGAUAAUCACCCUAUUCAGACACUGGUGAAUAUGUCCCUCAGUCCAAGCCGACCUUCUUCAUCAGAGUUGGUGGAACUUCAUGUUUUCUAUGUCCCUGAAGGAUCAUGGAACUAUAAGCUAAAUACCAUUUCAAUAGAAGUUGUUAACAAAUUCAUUUCAGCUGGAUUUAUAAGAGUAUCUCCUCACCUUACUUUACAAGGCCUGAGAGAGCGUCUCGGUGAGUUCCUUGGUGAAGAUGCUGUUGCAGAAAAAUUUUUAUUUCUGAAAUGCAUUGGAAAUAAUCUAGCUGUGGUGAAGGCAAAGCAAGAAUCAGAACUGAAACUCAAGUCAUUUGUUCCUCCAUAUGCUCUUCAGCCAGAAUUGUAUUUGCUUCCUAUAAUGGAUCACUUAGGAAAUAUUUAUUCAGCAUCAACAGUUUCUUUAGAUGAGCGGCAGACUAAUACCGGUGUUGCUGAGGCUGAUGGAAUAAUCCACAGACCAGUUAGUGUAACUUUGGUGAAGGAAGAACCUGGAACAGAUCCCAGUUUUUUAGUAAACACUUUGAAAGAGCUUCUUAACAAGAAUCGAGAAGAAGCAGGGGGAAAAGCCACUCCAAAAGGAAGCCAAACUGGAAAAAAUCAAAUUGGAAAUUCUGAAGUGCCAGGAUCAUCAGAAGAAUCAAAUAGUGAUUUAAGAAACAAAAAAAGUCUGUUUCUUUGGAAAAAUGAAGAUGAUAGAGUUAAUACCAUUAGAACAGAGAACAAUCAGAUAGGUAAGAAAGAGUGCAUCACCCUACCAGAUCUUAUUGAUUUUCCUUCACUUCCUUGUCAACCUGCUCUUUCUCCAGUAAUAACUGAUAUCUCUUUAUUACAGAUUGAAAGAGAGAAGAUUAUUGAACAACUGAAACAAGUAAAGAAAGAAAGAAGAUAUCUGGAAAGAAUUAGAGAAGAACUAAUUAAAAAAGUUGAAAAACUAUUUGAACAAAGCAAGUUGAAGCAAUGUCACGCCUGUGAUGAUUGGAAGAAAAAAUACUUUGAAACAAAGAAAAUCACAGCAUCGUUGGAGGAGGUUUUAACAAAACUUCGAGAAGAUUUAGAACUUUACUAUAAAAAACUGCUCAUGCAGCUUGAAGCCAGGGACAUUAAGAUGAGACCAAAGAAUUUGGCAAACAUCACAGACUCUAAGAAUUACCUUAUAAUCCAGAUCACUGAGGUACAGCAUGCUAUUGACCAACUUAAGAGAAAACUGGAUACUGACAAAAUGAAACUCAUAAUGGAAGCUAAGGUGAGAAAACAAGCAGUUUCAGAUUUACGCAUGCUGAAAACUGAACUGGCACAGAAGAAAAAUAACACAUCUGUACAGCCUCAAUUGGUUCCUGGAAAUGUGCCUAAUUAAGAACUCAGCAGAUGACUUCAUCUGUGAUGAAUCAGUCAUAUCAAAAGGGAGCAUUGGCUGCUGCAAUACAUUCUGACAAGGCCGGACUUUGUUCAUCAUAAGACAUCACAAAGAGAAAGUCACAAGCAUCUGC